GUCAGGGAUGUAGAAAGAUGGCGAAAAGUGCACUUCCUGUUCCAAACAACUGGCAAGACGCACUUUCAAUUUUUCUUUGCAGCUAUUAGGUGGGGGGGGGGAAAUAUAGAUCAGGGCUGUUGCCAAGGGAUGGAACCAGGUAACUAUGGAGACAUCUGUGUCAGGGUGAGAGAAUAGACUUCGGGUGCCCAGUGGCGUCGCCCCAUAGUUAGUGCUUCUGCGAUUGCGACUGUAGCGCCUGUGGCCUCUGUGGAACUUAAUAAUCACCAGAAUACAUGUGUUUUCAGCCUAAUGCGUGUUGAGGGGAGACUUUAUAGCCUAACAAUAUAGUAUAACAGUCACGUCUAAGUUCAUUUCCCUUGUGAUGGCAGCAGGGUGAUCUGGAAAGGAACGGUGCUACAAGCAAUUAGUAAUCACAAUGGAGAAUGUGUCUCAGCAGUUUCCCUCCAACAUGGAGCCAAAUGAGCUCAGUUGUGGGGACCAUGAAAGUGUGGAAAGCAGAGUGAUAAAAGGGCUCCGGGACUUGUACCUCACCGAGGAGCUCUGUGACACCACUGUAGUGACUGAAAGCAGAAGGUUUCUCUGCCACAGGGUGGUCCUGGCAUCAGUCAGUCCUUAUUUCCGAGCAAUGUUCAGCAGUUCUAUGAGAGAGGCGGAGCGAGGAGAGGUGGUGUUGCCAGACAUCCCUCCAUCUAUAAUGCAAACAGUGCUGAACUUUAUCUACACCGGUGAGGCCACCAUCAACAUGGACACAGUUCAGGAGCUUUUUACAGUUUCCAGUCGGCUGCAGAUCAGCCCCCUGCAACAUCUAUGCAGCAGUUACCUAAUUAAGGAACAAAAUCAAGAAAACUGCCUUUGGAUAUACAAAAUGGCUUAUAGCCACAAUGACAAGAUCCUCUGUCAGGCCGCCUUGCAAUACAUCAGCUGCCACUUCACUAGUUUAUACAGCAAUAACAGUUUUCAGUGUCUGGAUCUUGGAGAAAUAACUAGCGUUCUUUCCUCAGACAGCCUCAUGGUCUCUUCUGAACUCUGUGUAUACCGUCUUGCCUGCCGCUGGUGGGAAUUCAAUAAUGUAACUCACUGUGCCUUUCCUGAAGAACUGCUAAGAGUUAUACGCUUCUAUUUAAUGAGUCCAAGGGAGCUGGAAGAAGUUAGAGAGGAUAAACUUGUUGAAAUACCUUCCAGCCAGAAUUCAGAAGGUCUUGCUCUUCGUCAAGGAAUGUUUGAUGACCAGAUAGUGUCUAUGGACCUUUUGGCGAGGGAAGACAGGUCGCUUGAAGAUGCUGAUUACCAUUUGGAUGCUUAUGAUCCUGCUUUGGAGGUUUGGGAGAAGUUACCAGCCUUGAAAUCUCUAAUGUGCCCUGGAAUAUUGGCGUUAGGCAGCCGUUUGUAUGUGGCUGGAGGAAUGCACAAAGAUGAUUCAAUUUCUAAUACACUUCAUCUUUAUGACUCUGUAAGGAACAACUGGACCAAAUUAAGCUCUAUGUUUUCGUCUAGGUACAUGCAUGGUUUUGUUUCAUACGGUCAGAGACUGUAUGCCCUAGGGGGGUGUGAUGAAAAUGAUGUAAUUGACUCAGUUGAGCAUUAUAAUCUUCUAGAGAAUCAUUGGUCUUGUGGGUCCAGAAUGCCUUUUCCACUGUGUUCUUUUGCAUGUGCUCAAUUAAAAGGAAGACUAUAUCUAAUAGGAGGAGAAUCUAGUGUAGUAAAUUUGACCUCACCCCUGCGUGGUGUCCUGGUGUAUAACCCUUCGUCCGACAUGUGGUGCCAGUUUUCACUUCCUAUGGUGUGCUCAUCUGCAGGAGCAGUGGUGCUGGACAACAAGUUAUAUGUUAUAGGGGGCCGUGUAAACUAUGAUCACAGCGCUCAAAGCUGUAGGGCGACAUCGAAAUGCUUUUGUUUAGACGAUCAAGGCCGAGUCUGCCGAGACAGCUAUGUGCCCUCGCUUCCUAAAAACAUUGCAUCAGCUGGAGUGGUAUGUUGGAAAAGAAGGAUCUAUGUUCUAGGAGGAGAAGAUAGGAACAAAUUUUAUAAGCAGGUUUACUAUUGGACACCUGGUGACAUUAAGUGGACGCUGUGCAGGACAACCUUGCCCAUUGUUGAUAAUGGAGUCAGUGGUUUUGGAUGUGUCACCAUGCAGAUUCCUAAGAAAAGAUUUUAUUCCCUUAUACCAGGACGGAGGGUGUCCUCAAGAGUAUCUCAUAGCUCCUCAACCUAAUAUUAGUUGUUUAAACUCGCUUGCCUUAGAUAAGUACCAUGUAAGCCAAAUGCAUUCUGUGUAGUUUAUUGGUUUAGAGAUGCAUAGCACUACAUGUUUUCAGACCUCUGGGGUCCUUCCUCUGGUGCAGUAACACUUUGUGGCACACAGGUUGUAUUUUCUUUAGUCACUUGCCUUAGACCAGUGCCCAUUUUCUGCGAUGUUAGCUGGGGGGGGGGGGGGGGUUAGUUAAUGACAAGAAUGUAUAUCUUCAUUGCUGAGAAACCACGGGUGCACAAUGUGUAGUUAAGUAAGAGUUAUUCUGUUUCAAAGAACCCAAUUUAUUGGCACACCUACAAUAAAAUCAACCUUUUAUUUCGACAGUUAAAACCUGUACAUUAAAACACUGUAGAGAAAAGUAGGAAAAUAAAGAAAUUAAAAAUAGACAACCCUUAGUACGUAUUAGUCUCAAUUCAGUUUGUGCAGACUUCAGUUAAUACUUUCACUAAAGAUUGAUAUUUUGUUACAUUACUUUGUUGCUGAUUCCAUACAUUGUUACCUCUUUUAAAUGUAACAAUUUGCCUUAAUAGCAAGCAGAGGUUAUAUAAAAUGUUACUAUUUUACGGACUUCAGUUAAUACUUUUACUGAAGGAUAGCAUCGACAUUGCUAGUUCCAUACACUGUUGCCUCUUUUUAAUGCAGCGAUUGCCUUAGUUACAAAUAGAGGUUACUUUGAAAGCUACUAUAGCCAUUCCACUAUCUGCGGCGUGGAUUCUAAUAUUACAAGUAAGUUUCUCUCUGCUUGCUGUUAAGGCAAAUUGAUAUCUUGUUACAUUACUUUUACAGUCUCUAGUGAAAGUAUUAACUGAAGUUUGCAAAAACUGAAUUGAGACGAAUAGGUACUAAGGGUUUUCCAGAUUUUCUCUACAGUGUUUUAAUGUACAGGUUUUAACUGUCGAAAUAAAGGUUGAUUUUAUUGUAGGUGUGCCAAUAA